UCCCAUAUAAUUUUAAUUUAAAUCUACCUUCCACACACAAUACACUUGAGUCUUGACUAAACGUAGCAAAGCAAUAUAAAAACAGAUCAUUAAUUGUUCAGCCCUCCAUAAAAGCUUCAUUGAUGAAGGAUCAUUGAAAUUCCUCUGUUUAUGAAAGAAAGAUUAUCUAAAAUGGCUAUUCCUCUGUUUAUUGCAGCUUUAAUGGCCGCCAUUGUUUCACCAUCUUUAUCAGUUUCAUUAACAAAAGGAUCAUUCAAAGAUAACUUUGAUAUCAUGUUUUCUGAAAGUAAUUUCAAGACUUCAGAUGAUGGUCAGAUCUGGUUUCUUUCCUUAGAUAAAAUUAGUGGAUGUGGGUUUCAAACAAAACAGAGGUAUAGAUUUGGGUGGUUUAGUAUGAGAUUAAAAUUGGUGGGUGGUGAUUCUGCUGGUGUCGUUACUGCUUACUAUAUGUGCACAGAUGUUGAUGCAUCACCAACAAGAGAUGAACUAGAUUUUGAGUUCUUAGGGAACAGAACAGGACAGCCAUAUUUGAUUCAAACCAAUGUGUAUAAGAAUGGAACUGGUGGAAGAGAAAUGAGACAUGUUUUAUGGUUUGAUCCUACUGAAGAUUACCACACUUAUUCAGUUCUUUGGAACCCCAAACAAAUCAUUUUUUUCGUUGAUCGAACACCAAUUCGAGUAUACAAGAACAACGGAAAACCAAACAACUUCUUCCCCAUCGAGAAGCCAAUGUACUUGUUCUCAAGCAUAUGGAAUGCAGAUGAGUGGGCUACGAGAGGUGGCCUCGAGAAAACCGAUUGGAAGAAGGCUCCAUUUGUGUCUUCCUACAAGGACUUUAGUGUUGAUGGUUGUCAAUGGGAAGACCCUUAUCCAGCUUGUGUUUCUACAACAUCUAAGAAUUGGUGGGAUCAAUACCCUGCUUGGCACCUAAGUGAUUCUCAAAAGAAGGAUUAUGCUUGGGUUAAGAGGAACCUUGUUAUAUAUGACUAUUGCCAAGAUGUUGAUAGAUAUCCUACACCAAUGGAAGAGUGUUCUUUGAGUCCUUGGGAUUGAUUACUUCUACACAAAAACAUGACUAUACCAAAUCUUUCUUGCAUGUUAUCAUGGCUCAUGGUUAUUCAUCUUUUGGUGUAUCAAUUUUGGGUUAUUUGAGUCUUUUAUGUGUAUUUUAUAUAUUAUUCUUUAUUAUUUAUAAUGAUCAAAAUUUCUUUUAAUUGAAAUUUUAAUUUUAGCUUA